CUCCCGUCAAUUCGAUUCACUGAGUACGCCUGGUCAAAAGGCUGUCUAAUCGACUGGCAGCGAGAUGCCUACCGAAGCCACCAAAGUUUCCCGCGCGGGCAUCACAACCUCAGCCUCUGGCGAGCGACACAUUCCCGCCUCCGUACGUCCCGAUGGGUCUUUGAGAAAAGAAAUCCGCGUACGUCCUGGCUACCGCCCUCCGGAGGAUGUCGAGCUAUACAAGAAUCGCACUGCCGAAGCGUAUAAGAAUCGUGGCAAAGGUGGUGUUCCAGGCGCCGACACAACACCCGCGACAAAAGACCUUCCCUCUGCCGCUGCCAACAAGAAUGCAAAACGCAGAGAAGCCAGGAAGAAGGCCGCAGCCUCUGCUCCCACAAAGGAGGAUACGUCUACUGUAACCAAAUCAAACGUGUCUGCUGCUCCUGCUGAAGCCGUAAAGGAGGAACUUGUCGACCCGGAGGUUGAAAAGACAAAGGAGGCUAAGAAACUGGCCAAGAAGCUACGCCAGGCUCGCGAUCUACAGGACAAGAAAGAGAAGGGUGACGUUCUGCUUCCUGAGCAGUAUCAAAAGGUCAUUAAGAUUGACGAGCUCAUUCGACAACUGUACAAUCUGGGCUUCGAUUCAAACGGAGAUGUCAAGGCAAACGACGCCAAAUCUUGAAACGACCAUGUCAACCCAUCUCUACCACGAUCGCCAUAACCUUCUUCGUAUCAUACAAUCCGAAGGGCGUCUCAUACCGGACGUGAACCUCAUCUGCCUUGACUUGUAGCAUGCUACCUCUUCCACCGCCAACCCUUGAGGCAACCUGUCUGCGCAGCUCGUCAACUGCUUGAGACUGCGACCAGAAAUACACGCUAUUGAGCUCCCCAGUCAGCUCGAUCACUAUAGGUUUCUCAUCAAAAUCGGCGAUCUUGUAUGGCCCGGACAAGUCUGCUAAAUGUCAGUCAUAACACUCGCUGUCACUGAGGAUUUGCUCCUACCGCAUUCAUGCCCUGAAGGUAUGACCACCAAUGUCGCUCUAGAGAUACCGUACCACGCUCUAUGUUCUAGCGCUG